UGCUUAAUGCUCCGAAAAUUAAAGGUUGAGGGGAUAAAGCCAUAAGGAGAUUGGAGAAGAGAGUCAAGAAAUUGAGGGGAGACGAUGGCAAUCUCAUCCCUAGUAUACCCGUUCCCAAAGCCCGUCGUAGGCUUCCGGGCGAAACCUCACGCUCGUUUCAGGGCUUCUUCUACUUCUCCAACUCCUGAUUUCUUCUCUUCUGAAUGGCUUGAAUCUCGCAAGAAAAGACCUUUUGGCCCUAAGCUGGAUUUUAGCGCUGAAGAAGCAGUUCAGUGUCAGCUAGAUGCAUUGAAAUACAAUGAUCAACCUCGUCAAGACUAUGGGAUAGAAGUCAUGUACAGGUUUGCUGGAUUUGAUCCCUUUGAAAGAUCAACCUAUUUUGGGCCAUUUUUUGAUCUUGGGCAGUUUGAGCGAUUCAGAAGAUUAUUUCACCAUUCCACUUACCGAGUUCUUCUUUGCCACAAGGAACACAAGAUUCUAAGCAGUUUGUGGGUGAAAGAGGAUCAGUUUAAACAGAGAGUUUUGGUGCAAGGCUCACGGCCCGAGGAAGAAGAAACCUUCCAGUUUACAAUGAUUCAGAGGAUUGGUGGAUGUUGGGAUGGUUACUGGCUAACUGAGAGCCUACUUCAUGAUAGGGAUGUGUUUCUUGGUGGUGUUGCCUAUUGAUGCUCUAAUUACCAUCAGGAUAAUUCACUCAUUUAGAUAAAAUGAUGAUAGAUUCUUCCAAGGUCGAUAGUUGUUUAUAUUGCUUUGUGUAUAGUCUCAUAUUUGAAAAUAGUGUUCAGGCCUGUGAAAAUUUUUUCAAUAGGCUUAAAAAUGUCAUUUUGUUCAUUUAAAAAUGUAUGUUCAAUGAAUAUUAUGGUUCCCUUUAAAUAUAUGUUCAAGGCAAAGAUCACCCAGCAGGGAUCAUAUGUCAAUUCUUUAUCUAAUAAAAUCUAAACUAUAGUUUUGGUA